GCGCUGCCCUCGGCAAGCGCUGGCAUCCGCCGCUCCUGCCUCGCUCUGCUCAGGAACAGGGCUCAGCUCUCUCGCGCAAAGAUGUCUUGCUACGACCUGUGCCCACCGAAAACCGGCGUCGCCGUCCCCCAGCCCGUCGCUGAGAGCUGCAACGAGCUGUGCGCCCGGCAGUGCCCCGACUCGACGGCCUUCAUCCAGCCGCCCCCCGUCGUCGUCACCUUCCCCGGCCCCAUCCUCAGCUCCUUCCCCCAGCAAGCCGUGGUGGGCUCCUCCGGAGCACCCGCCUUUGGGGGCAACCUGGGGCUGGGAGGCCUCUACGGCGCCGGCGCCACUGGCUCGGGGGGCCUCUGCACCUUUGGCAGACCCUACGCUUCUCCCGCCUGCAGCCCUUGUGCCUUGCCCCGCUACAGCAAGAAGCUGUGGGACACCUGUGGGCCCUGCUAGACCCAGCCCCAGAGCCCCCAGAGCCCCUGGGCCUCCUCAGCCUCACACCUCCUCUCCUUUCUCCCCUCCGUCCCCUCUCUCCAUCUUGCCUCUCCUCCUUGCUCCUGCCCAUGCCCAG